CUCGAUCCACCCUCCACUCAGGAAGCAUAGCCGGAGGAAGCCGCUACCGUCGCUUUCUCGUGCGCGCAAACGACAGAUAGCCCAUGUUUGGAUGUUUGGGCUGCUCUCCCGGAAAUGGAUCUUGGCUUCGUAAAGCGACGACGACGACGCGAUGACUGAGCGGGGACUGCUACCGGCUCAAAAGACGGCGUGGUGGAAGGAGGCAGUUGUCUACCAGAUCUAUCCAGCCUCGUUUGCCGACUCAAAUGGAGAUGGCAUCGGGGACCUCGAGGGUGUGCGGCGUCACUUGGACCAUAUCCAGUCUCUGGGGGCGACGAUGCUCUGGCUGUGCCCACAUCUCGAGAGCCCUAAUGUCGACAUGGGCUACGACAUCAGCGACUACGAACGCAUACAGCCCGGGUACGGCGACAUGAAUGACAUGCAAAAGCUCAUCGAUGACCUACACAGCCGAGGCAUGAAGAUCAUGUUUGACCUUGUUGUAAACCACACGUCAGACAAGCACGCCUUCUUCGAGGAGUCGCGGUCGAGCAGGACCAAUGCAAAGGCAGACUGGUACAUCUGGCGAGACGCAAAGAUAAACGCAGCAGGGCAAAAGAGCGAGCCAAACAACUGGGCUUCCAUCUGGGGUGGCUCGGCGUGGACAUGGGAUGAGACUAGGCAGCAAUUCUACCUUCACCUCUUCUCGCCCCAGCAGCCGGACCUCAAUUGGGACUGCCCAGAGGUCCGACAAGAGAUUCUCGAUAUUGUCACCCGGUGGCAGCGACGAGGUGUCGAUGGUUGGCGGCUUGACGCCAUAAACUUUAUCUCCAAGCCCCAGAAUAGCCAAGAUGCAAGCCUCGAUCUUCCCGACGCGCCCGUGACCGACCCAUCCUCGCACUAUCAACCUGCUUUCUGCCGCUUCAACCACGGCCCAAAUGUGCAUCGAUAUCUCAAGGAGCUCUACCAGCAAUGUCUGCUGCCAGAUGUGAUGACUGUGGGUGAAGCAGCCCAGACGACGCCUCGACAGACGGCAGAGUACUGCAGUUGGGAACGGCCCGACAGGGAACUCCAAAUGGUCUUUGGCACGGAUCAUGUCGAUCUCUACGGAGGCUUCGAGAUUGGCCCACCAAAGCCCCUGCGACACGGCGAUUUUAUAAGUACAGUCAACAAGUGGGCCACAACGCUCCUCGAGCACGGCAGCUGGGCUUCGGUCUUUGUCUCGAACCAUGAUCAGCCCCGACCGGUGAACAACAUCCUGCGAGGAUCGGCGCCUGAGCAUCGAGUCAGGGCGGCCAAGCUCCUGGCCCUAUUCGAGUGCUGCCUCACGGGCACGCUCUUCGUUUAUCAGGGCGAAGAGAUCGGCAUGAUCAACGUGCCUGAGGACUGGCCCAUCGAAGACUAUCCCGACCUCGUCACGCAGAAAUUCUACUCCGAGGAGCUUGAGCGGAGGAAAAAAGUGAGCGGCAGUGCGGACCCAGACAUGAGCGAUGUCAUGCUCGGCAUCAACCGAAAGGCAAGAGAUAAUGCCAGGGUGCCGAUGCCCUGGGACGACACUCCCUUGGCUGGCUUCACAACUGGCAGGCCUUGGAUGCGCGUCAAUGAGGAUAAUCGCGUGUGCAAUGUCGCCGCGCAGGUCAACGACAAGGACAGCGUCCUCUCCUUUUGGAAGGAAUGCAUCGCCCUUCGCAAGUCCCAUCCGGCUCUCAACUAUGGCACCUUUGAGCUCGUCCCUGCUAGAGGCUCCGAAGAUGUGUGCUCAUUUGUGAAGAGGCACGGCAAAGAUCGUCUGCACUUCGUGGCCAAUUUCGGCCAGACCCGCGCGUCAGUCACGAUUCCUGCCCUGGAUCUGGGCCAUUUUGAGCUCGUCAAGGCCAACGUCGCUUCCUCUGCACCGUUGUCUGAUGGUGAUGUAUUUGUCCUAGAGCCAUUUGAGGCGAGACUGCUCAUACCUUGAUCAGUGAAUGGAU